AUGGGCCCAGUCCAAGACUUCCCUGGCACGAUUGUGCUUCUGGAUAAGACCCAACAAACCAACUUGCGGAAACUUUUCUUUCCUUCACUGAUUCUCCUCGGAUGUCUCAACGAGAUCUGUCCCCGGGGCCCGUCUCGGAAAGCAUCCGAUGCACCCCCAAAUCCAAACCAGUCUCCGGAGGAGAUGUUCCAAACACUGGUCAACAAACUAGCCCAGAUAUGCGACUUCGAACCCAAGGGUAACACCGUCACUGCACUCGCUGUCAUCCGAGACAAUGGGCGGAUAUGCUACGUUUUCGCGUCCAACCGCAGGACCAAAGUACCGCUGAAGAACUGUCGUGAAGGUCUUUCCGCCGUCCUCAACAUCCUCAAAGUCAACAUCGAAGCAAACAUGUGCGACUCUGACGAGGUUAUGGAAAACCGCCUCUUGAAUGAAAUUCUGUUUUGGAAUAAUGUCCGCGUGCGGGCCUAUCUCACCUCCCUCUCCAAGGAGCUGCAGACGUGCAUCAAGAGAUGCAAUACCAGUGACUUGGAAGGGAGAAGUGCAGGUGAAGCACUGCAGAGGCUAGCGAGCCUCCUGCCAGACGUCACAAGCGGCCAGAAGAGCGACAAAUCCGCUAACGAGCUUCGGCGAAACAACAAAGACAUCGGUUCCAUGAUCCAAUGCAUCAAGGCCAUUCAGGAAUCCAAGAGGUCGCCUCUGCAGAGGUACAUCGAGGCACGCGCAGUUGAGGAUGACAAUAUGGCCAAGGGCGGCUGCUGGGCAACCCUCCAGCACAGCGCAGGACGCCUCCUGUCGUACCAGUACGCGGCACAGACACUUGUCCACGCUCACCACAUUUGGGCCGACACGGAAUUAUUCCGCGACUUCGAAGUCCAGUCUGUCCGGUCCAGCGGGCCGUAUCCUGCCGAGGCGCUGAAGCUCCUCCCCGAGAGCGCCGAGGCCAUCAUAAACCGCGCUCCCGGCUACACGCCGGCCGAAACCAGCACGCACAAACAGCACGCCGCGGAUUUACAGCGCUACGACUUGAAUGCCAAACUGGAAGAGAAAUGGAGCCACAAGCUCGAUCCUGUCGUCCACGCCGAGAUGCUCCUGCACGACUGGCUGGCUCGCACCGAGGGCGGCACGCAGCCGUACCGCUUCUUCAACAACUGGCAGUACAUCGGCACCAGCAAGCCCACGUGCCGGCUCUGCCAAGAGUACUUCAACAUCAUCGCCACGCCGGUGCGCGUGCGCGCCGGACACCCCAAUACGUACACCAACUGGCGGCUGCCCGACAUGUGGGUCGACAGGAAGAACAACAGCCCGGCCAGUGCCGAGCUGGAGCGCAAGUCGUGGUGCGAGAUCCAGGGCAAGAUGAAGGGCCGCGUCUACGCCGACCUGGUCCGCGUGCUCGAGGAGAAGGUGUCGGACAAGAAGCCCAACGACUCCAACACGUACACGGAGAGGAUCACGGGCAUCGGCGGUGGCGUGAACCAGCUCGCCAAUUGGCUGGCAGGUGUUCAGCUCAGGUAGGUAGUACCAGUCUUGGGCGAGUGCAGCUAACUAGCCCAAGAGGGUGACGGCUCAAUCAGCUUUGGGCGGCUACUGCUCACCCUCUAUGGGCGGCCACUGCUCACCCUCUUUGGGUGGCCACUGCUCACCCUAUUUGGGCGACCACUUAUGGGGCCGGAUGGGGGGAGUGCAGCACUUGGCCGAUUUCGCUUUCGCGGGAAAUAAGGCAGACGUUUGGUAGCUUUCACCGCGAGAACGAGAAAAGACGGGAGUCAUGGGGAAAGUUGGCGGUUUCGCACUGCAAGAGAAAGUACAUUGGUAGCUCUCCGAGGUAGUCAUGGAAUUGUCGGGCCGAAUGAAACUUACACGAAGC